UCUGGAUUUUGAACCAACUAAGGAGAUCUUGUGGUUUCUGCUUUCUUAACAACUGGAAGUGAAGAAUGGGAGAACAUACAACUUCCUUGAGGGAUGGUGUCUUAUCGCAUCUGGAAAGCUUGGAGGCUUCUAGCCACCAGCUAGCACUGAAACAAGGAGAAGGGGAGCAGCAUCAGGAAAAUGUGACCAGGCUGAAAGCAAAGAUCAAGGAGCUGAGACGCCAGAGAGACAAACUGAAGGCCAAACUGAACAUGAGUCGCUCUGGGCUUAUCAGGGACGAAGAUGCCACCCAAAGUACUACUCAGACUCACCAGGCUGCAGGCGCCAGCACACAGGCCCUCCUGGAAUGGAAGGUGAAGAACAUGAAGAAUCUGCUGCAGAUGUUUCAUCUGACAGGCAUCAGUGGGAAACUGACCAGAGAAGGAGCCUGCCUGUGCAUUAACACCGCGUUCGAAGGCACUUACUUGGACUCCUAUUACCUGUAUCUGCGCAUACAGCAACCUGUCCAGAUCCAGCGCCACACAGUCCCAGCCUUCAUCCCCUUGAAACAAAUAGCUGACGAAUAUUUGCAGACAGACAUCAAACGCUUCUUCUCUGUGCUUUCCGAUCACCUGAACGCUUACGUUGGGAGGAAGUUCCAGGCACAGCAGUUACAGGAGCAUUUUGCUGCUUUCCUCGCAGGGCCCUUGCAGGGGAAUUCUCUGUACAAUCUGCUGGAGUUCAGCUAUAGUGUGGGACCAGGAGGCAAGACUUUUCCCUUCUCAGCCAAGCUAACGUAUGGAGACCCCUUGUGCUUCCUCCCAUCUGAAGCCACCGUGGCAUGUAAAGAAGGUGCUGUGGCUUCAGAGGCAGAGAUGGCAGCCAGUCACCAGGCCUUAUUCCACCAGAAGACUCUUCACGAGGUCUUCAGAUCCUUCACUGACUCAACAGAAAGCCUGAGUCCCCGGGAGUUGUCUGCUUCCUCGAAAGGCGUACCUUCAGGCUGCGGCAAGGCUACUGCUGUGUAA